AUACGCCUCUCUCUCUCUCUCUCUCUCUCUCUCUCUAAUUCGGCGGUAAUGAACCGGCGAGUCAGAAGCACGUGCCGCUCUCCGGCGAAGAGGGACGAGGGCUUCAAUAAGUACUUGAAGCCGGGGGCCCUCGCCCAACUGAGAGACUUGCGAAUCAGCGCCAGAUCUCACCGCUUCGCCUCCCAUUCCCAGAUCCCUCUCUGCCGUACUCUAUCCCCGUCUUCUUCACCCGUCGCGUCUCCGGCGGCGGCUCGAGCCCAGGCCGCCGCGAUCGAAGGGUUCCCUUGCUUCGCCGGCAGGAUCUACGGUCCCCGGUGUUUGCAGAGGAAGAAACUAGUGGCGGCGAAGUCUGUUCUUUUUCUCAGCUCGAAUCCCUCGAGUCCGGCUUCGGAUGCAGCUGAUCCGCUCAUUGAUGUCUUCAAUUCCGAUGUUAUUGCUGCUCAUUGAAGGAAGCAUGCAGUUCAAUCGGUGAAAAUGACUUUGCUUUUUCCUAUUGUAGAUUUGUUUCCAUCUGUAGUUGGUGACUCAUUCGUGAUCCCCAAAUGGAUCGUGUGAAAAUGUCUGAGAAUAGUGCCGAAAUUAUUCAUAAUAAAAUAAUUAAUUCCUCAA